GCACUUCACGCUUUUCCACGUCAGUAAGUUUACUUGCACGACCGGCUUGCUAACCGUAGCGACGUUCAAUAGCGUUAAAGCGUCACCCAGAGCGGAAUAACCUGGGCAUGACGUGAAAUUGCUUCAAUGUAAGACUGCAUUUUAAUUAGUUUGUGCGGUGUCAUUUCUUUAAUGUGCGUCGUGGCAACAAUCAUUUACAUUUACAUUCAGCAGGAAGUUAGCUAGUUAGCUUGCUGUAGCCAUUGAACGCCAUUUUGGAUUCGCAUCUGUACAGAUUCACGAUGGUGGACAAGAAUAUAUACAUCGUUCAAGGGGAGAUUGCAACAGUGGUUGGCGCUAUCAAGAGAAACUCCAGAUGGAGUACACACACACCUCUGGAUGAAGAGCAGGACCCACUUCUCAGCAGUUUCAGUCACCUUAAGGAGACCCUCAACAAUAUCAAAGAUCUCUCUGAAGUGGAGCCCAAUGUGUUCCUCCGACCCUUCUUGGAAGUUGUUCGCUCGGAGGACACAACUGGACCAAUCACAGGCCUUGCUCUCACUUCUGUCAACAAAUUCCUCUCUUAUGGCCUCAUAGAUGCCAGUCAUGAAGCAGCAGCAGAGGGGAUUGAGAACAUGGCUGAUGCGGUCACUCAUGCAAGAUUUGUGGGGACAGACCCGGCUAGUGAUGAAGUGGUACUUAUGAAAAUCCUUCAGGUUUUGAGGACUUUACUGCUGACUCCAGUGGGAGCCCAUCUGACGAACGAGUCUGUGUGUGAGAUCAUGCAGUCCUGCUUCCGCAUUUGCUUCGAGAUGAGACUAAGUGAGCUGCUGAGGAAAUCAGCCGAACACACGCUGGUGGACAUGGUGCAGCUGCUCUUCUCCAGAUUACCACAGUUUAAAGAGGAGGCUAAAAGUUUUGUGGGCACCAACAUGAAGAAGAUCCCAGGAUGUAUCCUGGACACACAAGAUCUUAUUAAUUCAGAUCACCCUAGAAACACCAAUCAGAGUGGUUUAGACAGGGCUUACAAUAUCUUAUGGAAAAACAAACGAGUCCAGCUGAAGAUGCGUGCUGGUGGAAUGACUGAAUCAUCCAAGUGGAAGAAACAGAAGCGUUCUCCUCGUCCCUCUCGUCACAUGAUACGCAGCACCUCGGGACAGAUGGACCAGGCCCAGCUCAGCGCUCUCAGCAACAACCUCUCAGGUGGAGUUCCAUUUAUUGAGCAGCACGGUGACAGUACUGCAGUGCUGCCUGUUUCUGAUAGUGCAGCCUCCUCCAUCUCCAGCCCUACUGCAGACAGUGGACUGGCCAACUGCUCUAAAGCCACAUCUAAAGAAGACCUUACAGACCUGGAGAGUUGCUCCACAGCCACCACUCCCAGCACAGCAGCCUCCAUUGAUGCUAGUACUCUCGACACACAGAGUGAGGGUAGACAGGUGGAACGUACUCAGUCUGCCUCAGUAGAGUCCAUCCCUGAGGUGCUUGAGGACCGAGAUUCGUUAGUGGAUCAGUCUGACUCUGCAUCUGUGCAUGACAUGGACUAUGUAAAUCCCAGAGGAGUGCGCUUCACUCAGUCUACUCAGAAAGAGGGUGCUGCUUUGAUCCCUUAUGGACUCCCAUGUUUGAGAGAGCUUUUCCGCUUUCUCAUUUCUCUCACCAACCCUCACGACCGCCACAACUCAGAUGUGAUGAAGCAUAUGGGUUUGCAGCUGCUCAACGUGGCUCUGGAGGCCACACACAUCGCUCCCUACCAAUCACUGCUGGUCCUAGUCAAAGAUGAACUCUGCAGACAUCUCAUACAGUUAUUAAGUGAAGACCGAAUGAAUUUGUAUGCUGCUUCCAUACGGGUUUGCUUUCUGUUGUUUGAGAGCAUGCGUGGGCAUCUCAAAUUUCAGCUUGAGAUUUAUUUGAAGAAGCUAAUGGACAUCAUUACCUCAGAGAACCCAAAGAUGCCCUAUGAAAUGAAGGAAAUGGCCCUUGAGGCGAUUGUGCAGCUGUGGAGAAUCCCUAGCUUUGUUACUGAGCUCUAUAUUAACUAUGACUGUGAUUUCUACUGUUCCAAUCUUUUUGAGGACCUCACCAAGCUGCUCUCCAAGAAUGCUUUCCCAGUCUCUGGACAGCUCUACACAACACAUCUUCUCUCACUUGAAGCCCUGUUAACGGUAAUAGACAGCACAGAGGCCCACUGUCAGGCCAAAGUGAUGAACAGAGCUGCUGAGCAAGAGAAUUCAGAAACUUUAACAGCUGAAGGAGAGACCUCUGUUGACAGUACUAUGGAUGCAGUUACAGAGGCUGGCAAGGGUUUGUUUGGUCCAAAUGGACAGACUGCAAUAGAGUCUGGAGUGCCAUCAGUAUGCCCUCCAACUAGUGGACAUCUGAUGGCUAAAAAGAUGAGACUGGGUAGACAAGAUCAGGAGGAGACUGAUUCAGGUGAAAAGAAAAGUCCUAAAAAACCUCAUCGUUUCAGCAGUUGUCUUCCAGACUCCCAGGAACUGAUAAAUAUUAGAAACAAGAAAAAGCUUCUCAUCACAGGCACAGAACAGUUUAAUCAGCAGCCUAAGAAUGGCAUCCAGUUUCUGCAGGAAAAAGGUCUUUUGAGUAGCCCAAUGGACACCAAUGAGGUUGCUCAGUGGCUUAGAGAAAACCCCCGACUAGACAAGAAGAUGAUUGGAGAAUAUAUCAGCGAUAGGAACAAUAUGGAGCUGCUUGAUAGUUUUGUCAGAACAUUCACUUUCCAAGGGCUGCGCAUAGAUGAGGCACUGCGUUUGUAUCUGGAGGCUUUCCGACUUCCUGGCGAAGCGCCGGUCAUUCAUCGGCUCUUGGAGACCUUCACUGACAACUGGCAUAAUGUAAAUGGGAAUCCCUUUUUGUCAAAUGAUGCUGGUUUUACUUUGGCCUAUGCUGUUAUUAUGCUGAACACGGAUCAACACAACCACAACGUUCGCAAGCAGAAUAUCCCAAUGACUUUAGAGCAAUUCAAGAAAAAUCUGAAAGACAUGAAUGGUGGUAAAGAUUUUGAUCAGGACAUGUUGGAAGAUAUCUACAAUGCCAUCAAGAAUGAAGAAAUUGUAAUGCCUGAUGAGCAGAAAGGCCUAGUAAAAGAGAACUAUAUGUGGAGUGUGCUGCUGCACAGAGGAGCCACUUCCGAGGGGAUCUUCCUCCAUGUGCCUUCAGGCAGCUAUGAUCACGACUUGUUCUCAAUGACUUGGGGCCCAACGAUUGCUGCCCUUUCCUACGUGUUUGACAAGAGCUUAGAGGAUACCAUUAUCCAAAAAGCCAUUGCCGGCUUUAGGAAAUGUGCAAUGAUCGCAGCACACUAUGGCUUUAGUGAUGUUUUUGAUAAUUUAAUCAUCUCUCUUUGCAAGUUUACUACACUCAACAGUGAGUCUGUAGAAAACCUGCCCACAGUUUUUGGCAGCAACGCUAAAGCUCAGAUAGCAGCAAAGACUACAUUUAGCCUUGCCCAUCGGCAUGGUGAUAUCUUGCGAGAGGGUUGGAAGAACAUCAUGGAUGCUAUGCUGCAGCUCUUCAGGGCUGAGCUCUUACCCAAAUCCAUGGUAGAGGUUGAGGACUUUGUCGAGCCUAAUGGAAAGAUUUCUCUACAGCGUGAGGAGACACCAUCAAACAGGGGAGAGUCGGCUGUGUUGAGCUUUGUUAAUUGGCUGACAUUGAGUGGUGGAGCGGAGCAGUCCGGACAGCGAGGACCCUCUACUGAAAAUCAGGAGGCCAAACAGGCUGCCCUGCUGUGUAUAAAGCAUUGUGACCCUGAGAAACUGAUCACAGAAAGCAAGUUCCUGCAGCUGGAAUCUCUGCAGGAGCUUAUGAAGGCCCUCAUCUCUGUGACUCCCGAUGAAGAGAACUAUGAUGAAGAAGAUGCUGCUUUCUGUCUAGAGAUGCUUCUGCGCAUUGUCCUAGAGAAUAGGGACCGUGUGACAUGUGUGUGGCAGACUGUGCGUGCCCGUUUAUAUCACUUGUGUGUGCAUGCCAAUGAGAGCUGCUUCCUGGUGGAAAGAGCUGUAGUGGGGCUGCUGAGACUCGCCAUACGCUUGCUGCGCAGAGAGGACAUCAGCUCACAGGUGCUGCUGUCUUUGCGCCUGCUUCUGAUGAUGAAGCCUCAUGUGUUGUCCAGAGUGAGUCGAGAGGUUGCCUAUGGUCUACAUGAGCUUCUCAAAACCAAUGCUGCCAACAUCCACUGCACUGAGGACUGGUACACUCUUUUCACACUGUUGGAAUGCAUCGGUGCUGGUGUCAAACCUCCAGCUGCAUUGCAGGUCACCAGCAGCAGCCCUGACAGUGACACAGGUGCUCAGUCUGAUAGUGAAGUGAGCUCAUACCACCAGAGUGAAGUCACUUUGGAUCGGGGUUAUACCUCUGACUCUGAGGUCUACACUGAACAUAGCAAGCCCAGAAUACCACGCUCUGCCACUGAAGUAGAAGUGGGAUGGCUAGUGGUUGGUAAGGAUGACCUGGAGAGCAGUAAGGCACCACAUGCUCCGGACUCUAAAUCACAGUCUCCUCUUAUUAACCAGUACAGUUUAACCUUGGGCCAGGACAUGGGCAUGCAUGAUACCAAGUCCCUCAUCAAGUGUGUGGAAUCACUCUCUUUUAUUGUACGUGAUGCUGCACAUGUCACACCUGAGAACUUUGAGCUUUGUGUGAAAGCCAUUCGAGUAUUUGUGGAGGCCAGUCUUAAUGGAGGUUAUCGCACCCAUGAGAAAAAAAAGAGCCACAGAUACGACUCAAAAGCUAGUCGGUCACGGAAGAAGCCACGAGAGAAGGAGGGUAUGUCCCGACGAGCUAAACCCACCAGUCAGCGGCCCUCCCGUUCCCACAGUGACGAUGAGGAGGACGAGGGGGUGCCAGCCAGCUACCACACGGUGUCUUUACAGGUUAGUCAGGACUUGUUGGAUCUGAUGCACACACUACACACGAGGGCAGCCAGUAUCUACAGCUCAUGGGCAGAAGAACAGCGCCAUCUGGAGGCCAGUGGAAAGAAAAUUGAAGCUGACUCUCAGACACUGUGGUCAAGCUGCUGGUGUCCUUUGCUUCAAGGUAUGGCCUGGCUGUGCUGCGAUGCUCGGAGACAGGUUCGGAUGCAGGCUCUCACUUACCUCCAGAGGGCGCUACUUGUACAUGAUCUGCAAACACUGGAUGCUGUGGAGUGGGAAUCCUGUUUCAACAAGGUCCUGUUUCCGCUGCUGACUAAGCUCUUAGACAACAUCAGCCCAGCAGAUGUCGGGGGCAUGGAAGAGACCAGGAUGAGGGCCUGCACGCUGCUCUCUAAGGUGUUCCUCCAGCAUCUCUCGCCACUUCUUUCUCUUCCCACAUUUGCUGCUCUCUGGCUUACCAUCCUAGACUUCAUGGAUAAAUACAUGCAUGCUGGCUCCAGUGACCUCCUGUUGGAGGCGAUCCCUGAGUCUCUAAAAAACAUGCUGUUGGUAAUGGACACAGCUGGCAUCUUCCACAGCGCAGACUCGCGUACAGGCUACUCUGAUCUGUGGGAAAUAACAUGGGAAAGGAUUGACUGCUUCCUGCCCCACCUUCGAGAGGAGCUUUUCAAACAAGCUGUCAUGCCAGAACCUGUCCCCAAUGUUCCUGUAGAACCUGCUCCUGCUUCUCUUCCCAUUUCUCCGCCCUCUCCUCCUGUGCCAUCCCCUGCAGCAGUACCAACUACCCCCACAGAGCCAAAGACCCCCAGCAGACCUGCAUCUCCUCAAGAGAUACAAACACCCAGUGCCAAUGGAAACGACAGAUCAUCUCCAGUGCCCCCCUCCACUCCUCCAAUGCCCACUCCAGUUAAGAGCUCAGCUGACUCCCCGCCCACUCUCACUCAGUCUCCUCUAAUACUGCAGCCCCUAGCCUCUCCACUGCAGGUGGGCGUGCCCCCCAUGACACUACCAAUCAUUCUAAAUCCCGCCCUCAUUGAAGCCACAUCACCCGUACCCCUGCUUCCAGCACCACGUCCAACUGAACCUGCUGACUCUUCAGAGGUCAAAUAGAGCAUGCAAGAUUGUCCUUGAACAUCUAGAAGAGGACAGUGGAGGAAUGUAGACCCUCUCAUGCUGCUGUUCUCUCUGUGCAAUAACAUGCUCUGACUUGCCGCACGAUCAGCACAAACGAAUACAUUUUACAUAUGGCCAGGACCUGGAAAGAGUGAUGGAGAGCUCAAGAGAGAGAAAGUGCAACUGACUCCUUGCUCCUUGUUUCCCCACAUAAAUAUGUCCACACUAAGGUAUAUUACACAUAGUGCUGUUGAUCAUGCAAGCCUUCGUUAAGCCAGUUUGCACAAAUAUUUAUUCAGAUUAGUAAUGUACAACUGGAACAUGAAGGGCAGCCCUACAGUGAUGGGACCAGGUAUGACACUGAUUCAGGUUUAUAUUUCUACCCAUUUGUGCAGAUUUAAUAUAUUGAAAUCAUAGUGUCUUACACCACUCCUAACAUUUAUUGGAACAGAUAUAUCAGUAUAUUAUUUGGUUUAGUUUCAGCAUUAUCUGUACUGACUAGUAUUUUAUUUCUGGGGUGUAAAGACUGCAAAAAAAUAGAACCAUAAAAAUGGAUCUAGCACUAACUCUCCACACCACUCAAUAUAAUUUAAACUGUAUAGUAACAUUGAACACACACAAUUUGUUUACAUAUUUGCUUUCGUAGACUUUUACAUAGUUAUCUUGUGUUCUCCACUGACCGUGAUAAUUUCAGAAAUGUUUGUCCUGCAUUUCAUCCUUUGAAAAAUAUCUGUCAAGAUGUAGUCUUUUUGAUGAGAAGUAAUGAAUUAUACACUCUCUUGAGAUGUAACCCAAAGACAAAGGAGAUCCAUUUGUUCAGUGAACACAAGUUGAACAUUCCAGAUUUGUUCCUAAGGCAAGCUUGUCAGAGGUGGUUUAAAUGGGUGAAUGUGCUGUCAAUGGAAAUCUGCAUGCCAGGUUUUAUUUUAUUUAGUUUUUAGUCCUGAUAGGUCUUAAUGAAAUUGUGAAUUGAGUACAGUUUUGGGGUCAUGUUGUGUUAAUAUUUCUGAUGUUGGUGUAAUUCGUCUAAAGAUCACGUUUCUUUAAAAAUAUAUACAAAGAAAAUUCUUCGGAAUGGACAUAAACUACAAAACUGGUAAAAACCAAUACAUUUUGUUUAAUAAAUCAGUUAUGAUGACAA